CAGGUAGGUUACUCGAGGCUGGGAGUCAUAGGCUAGCCUUAUCGGACCUUCUACUUGCGGCAAUUUGCUAGUAGAAUUUGUACUAGAGUAUUGGAGUCACCGAAUACGAGGUUCUUUGCAUCCUUACGCUGACCAUGAUUUCAUUGGUCCGACGCGACUACCAACAAGCUACAGUUUAGGCGUCGAUCAUGCACCUCCACGAUUCACUUUCUCACCAUCCACACCAGGUGUAUCUUCAAACACACACAACAUGGCGCAAUCGCCCUGUCCGACACGCCAAUAUACCUCGGAAAACUUCAUCGAGAGCUGCGGCGCCAUUGCCCACGAUCCCACUCGCCAGAAGAUUUGUCUCAUCCACCUCGCUCAAUCAAAUAUGUGGGUACUACCGAAAGGACGGCGAAACGUCGGAGAAGCGCAUCGAGAGGCCGCACUGCGCGAGGUGUACGAGGAAACUGGGUAUAGAUGUCAUAUCCUGCCUGUGGACAUGGUUGCUAGAACGCCUGUUGUAGGUGAUGCAGCGGAUGCUCCUGAUGUGCCGCGCACGUUACACAAUUCAGUGGAGCCUUUCAUGGUUACUGUCAGAACCGUGAGAGAGGGUCAGGGUGUCAAGAUUAUUUGGUGGUAUAUUGCGAUAAUGUAUGAAAGUGCUGGUGAAACAAAGGGGCCUGGUGAAGAGGGGGUUGAGACAGGCUUGUUCUCGUAUCCUGAUGCUGAAGAGUUGCUGUUCUAUGAGACAGAUCGAGAAGUGUUGCGCAAGGCCAAGGUACUUGUUGGGAAUCUAGACUGAGUCGACUGAUCCUCCAAGUCACGUGCAAAGGACGAACUAAUCUUCUCUCUCCAACCACUGCUUGUUCGCCUCGAAGAGCUUUGGGAAGGCAUCAUCAAGAGACAUAAGCUUCUUGAAAUGAUCCUCGCUUACGCGCUUGAUGAAAUGCAUCAUUGACACAAGAAUGAAGUCUGCAUAGGAGACUG